AGACCAAAAUUCAAUAGUAGAUUUGCUAAUGGUUGUGGUUAUCCAAUAUAGACAAAAUUAAGCGAAGGAGCUGGUUGAAAGAAAGAAAUCUGCCGGAUCUAAGAUAUAUAUAUUGACUGCUUGAUCGCUGGAUCUUCGCCAUCUUAUUGAAGCUGUCAAUUGCUGUCAGUCGCUCAUAGGAUCUGAGAAUCGACUCAGGUAUUUCCAUAUUCUAAUCGGAAGCCCACAACUUAAUAUUGAUUCAUGACAACUAAGGGUUCGCGAUAUAUUCCAAUAAACCAAGUGCCUGGUUCCACUCUUGCCUUAAGAGCUACAUCAAAGGAAGAAAUGCCAAGGAUUUAAGCUGUGUGCAUUGAUUAUUUGCUUUCUGGAUAUUCGUUAAUUUUUCAACACUAAACUCAAUUCGUUAAGGAUCGACAUAGACCAAUACCAAGUCGCUAAAUAAAGUUUGGUUAUCAUUUUCUGUUUAGUUUCCAAUUGAGCAUCUGGACUAUCAGCCGAUUACUUGAAAUCAAGUACAAUGGAGGAAUUUACUGAGGGACCAAACAGAUAUGUUAGGAAUGUGCUAGUUUUGAAGAAGGACACGUGCUCGGUGCGCGAACUAAUCAUUUGGGUCAACAAGCAAUUGCAAUGCGAGAUUAAAGAGCUGUCCGAAUUGACAGCAGGCGAUAUUUAUUGCCAAAUUAUGCACAAAGUAGCUCCCAAGGCAAUGCCGAUGGACAGAGUUUUCUUGAAUACCAAUGUCAGUCACGAGAUCGAAUCGAACUAUAACAUGUUUCGUAAUGCACUUGAAAAACUGAAUAUUCAUAAGAAUAUUUAUCAUCGCGACCUGGCCAAGGGAAUCGGCCACUAUGAGUUCGUGACCUGGCUACACAAGUUCCACAGGGUGAACUGCAAGAGUGAUUCGUACGAUGCGGUAGCUGAGCGCAAAGGCCAGCCGAUUGGAUUGAAGAAAAUUUUAAAUACGAAGCCCACAGUCAAUUACACAGCCUAUCUGCGACGUAGCACUACAAUUGUGUCUCAAAAUGGCGGCAAGGGGGAGGUGGCUCAUCGUUCGAAUAGCCUAGUUGGCAUGGACGACAAGAACAGUGACGGAACUGAAGACAAUGCUGAUCCGGAUCAGCUUAAGGCCAAGCCCAAUAAAAAACCUACCCAGAAGAGAAGUGCCUCCAGGCCAGCCGUGAGAAAACCAGCCGUACCAGGUGGAGCCAGGCCGCCUGGAAGGCCAAAAUUGGAGAGGUCCCUUACCGUGAUUCAUCCUAAGCCGUGGCAACAGGCUGGCAAAGCCACUCAACAGAUCAAGGAAACGGCUCAAGCUAAGUCGGAUCAAGCUCGAGCAAAUCCGAAGCCGCCAACUCGCGCGAAUACAGCUUUGGCAGAUGUGUCCAAGCCAGCUUCACCAGGCGGUAAACGAUUGGAGAGGUCCCUUACCGUUAUUCAUCCGAAACCGUGGCAACAGGCUGGCAAAGCCACACAACAGAAGGAAUUGUCUCAAUUAAAAAUGGACCGAGCUCUACCGAAGCCGAAGCAAAGUCGUACUCUUCUAUCUCAAAAGAAAUGGGAGCCAGCUCAAAAGAAAUCGGAAACAUUUCUAAAGAAAGUGGGAACCGUGCAAAAGAAAAUGAAAUCUGGUCAGAACAAUUCGCAACCCAAUGAACCAAAGUGGGAGCCAGCUGAUUCGGAGCUAGCUGAGUCGGAACCAGCUGAGCAGGAGCCAGCUGAGCAGGAGCCAGCUGAGGCGGUGCCAGCUGAGGCAGAGCCAGCUAAGGCGGAAUCACCUGAGGCAGAGCCAGCUAAGCCGGAGUCUGCUGAGCCGGAAUCGAAAUUGCCUAAAACUGAGCAGGAAACAGCUAAAGUGAACCCGGAACCACCCGUUCAAGUCGAACCGGAGCCAAUUGAUGUAAAAGGAGACAUAAUCAAAAUCGAGCUGCCGUCACUUCAGUUGAGGCGGGACCCAACUCUAUUGAGAAUGGAACCAGUUAAGGGAACACCCGAUCCACUUGGUAUGACCCCAGCAAAACGUAUUUAUUUUAAACGCAUUCAGCGCAAGGAGAAUGCAUCGCCGGCUGCUAGCACUAGGAAACCAACCCAACGCCGCCUAAAUUUUAAACGUAUCAUGGGCGCGGCUGAGGAACUGGUUUCUGAAAAGGUGCUAGCAGCUUGUGAACCCAUUCGGCUACUAGGCAACGUGACUUCUUUAAAAUCUCCGGAACAUUCAAAUCUUUCGUCUAUAGUAGAGGCAGCUGGACCACCAGCUGAGCCAUCAACAUCACAAGCAUUGACUCAACAGACUGAGUCAGACUCCGUGUCACUUCCACAAAAUGUAAAAAAUAACACUUCUGAGCUUGUAGCAAAUGAGCCAAUCGCUCCGAAUACUGAGUCCUCUGGUGUGCCACCGGAUGGACCACCAGCUACCGCUUCUCUACCGCGCAAGCCAUUUACUAAUUUAAAGGCAAGAGGUAUGAUUCAAGCUCAGAAGAAGAAGCAUGCGCCACUCAAGGUGAGGUUUGGUUCAGUCGAGAUACUGGCCUACAAUGCAGAUGCAUCGGUAUAUGCUAAUUAUACUCCAAACGUGGCUAUUGCCAAACAAGUCAUACAAUCAUUCUCCGAACAGGGAGCGGCUCGCUCUUCGGCCCCAUUAGCUUCUAAAGCGACCAAGAAACCAGCAGCAACUAAGCCUAAACCUAUCAAGACUUCUUCGGUGGUUCCAAACCUUUUUUUACAGCAUAAUUUACCAAAAUCGGGAUCGUUGCUGUCCUUGCCAGUUAAUGAAGCUGCAGGUAGGCUUGGUAAAAAACCAAAGCUAGGCCGCCCAUUGGCCACCUCUUCACCGGUUAUAACUGAUUUGGAUGAAUGCCGUCUUGCCGAGUUGCCACCGGAUUCGGACUCCGACGAUGAUGAUGAUGAUCGUGUUUGGAAUACACGCCGCCAGAUCGCUCUAUUGAAGGACAAACUAACUACUGUUGAAUGCAUUCUAAUGAAAUAUUGUGGUGAAUCGGGCGUUGUGAUGAAAAAGCUGAAGCGCUACUUCCGCAAACAGGAAGUAGAUGAACCGUUCAUUAUGGGAACUUUUUAAAACAAAACCUUUUCGUUCGUAAAUAUUUUACUUUUAACUGUUCAAUUUAAAUUAAAUGUUAUCUUCAAA